AUGGAAUCUGUAACUGCAAGGGUGAACGAUGAGAGACGAAAAAGGGUGUAUGUUGGUGAUUUACCUAAUGAUUUCUUACGUCUAGACGUGGUUUCAGUAGAUGAUUCAACUAAUAGAUUGCAACAAGAAGCUGCUGACCAGCAGGCUGCUAUGGCUCUACAACAAGCAUUGUCUUGUGUGCAAGGAGACCGUGAUAGAAAUAGAUUAAAUAUUACAAUAGUACAAGCACGGCUUGUCAAAAACUAUGGUUUAACCAGAAUGGAUCCAUAUGUACGCCUCAGAGUUGGACAUUGUGUAUAUGAAACACAAACAGAUCCUAAUGGUGGUAAAACUCCUAAGUGGCAUAAAACAGUUCAAACACUUCCACAAGAAGGUGUUAAUCAAAUUCAUGUAGAAAUAUUUGAUGAAUGUUCUUUCAAAAUGGAUGAACUUAUUGCUUGGACAACAAUACCAAUUGCUAAUCAAAUUUAUAAAGGGGUCACAAUUGAACAGUGGUACGAUCUAACUGGUAAACAAGGACCAAAUAAUGAAGGAACUAUAAAUAUAAUUAUAAGUUUUGGAACUCCGCCUAGCCUGGGCUUAACAAAUUCAGUUAUGAUGCUGCCACAAAUGCCAAAAUUCAGCAAUUCAAGUGCCAGUUUAACUCCUAUCUACAUUCAACCUUCAGCACCACAAGUUCCAACUCUUAGUGCAGAAGAUUUGAAACAAAUUCAAGACAGGUUCCCAAUAUGGAUAAGGAAACAGUGCAAACUGUUUUUGAAGCCAUAA